AUGAGUGACACAAAGUACCCCGUCGAGAAACACUCAGCCAUCAACCAGGACGAGGAGCUGGACAUGGACAUGAACAUGAACAAGUCCAUCUCGCCGUCCAUUACCAAGGAGCAAUUGCAUCCGCACCAGUCGUUCAUGGACUCCAACUCAGACACGGAUGUCGACAACAACUCGAUGGGAAUGACCGGCAACGACCGGGUUCUGUACGAGCAGCUGCGAAUUGUCAACGCCGCCAUUGACGAGAUUGGUCUGACGGCCUACCACUGGAAACUGUUCUGUCUCAACGGAAUGGGAUACGCUACCGACUCGCUGCUGAUUCUGCUGCAGUCGCUGACCCUCAAGUCCGUACAGAAGGAGUUCAACAACGACUUCCCCGCCUCCACCAUGGCUCUGUACGGCGGCGCGUUUCUGGGCGCGGUUUUCUGGGGCUUUUCCGCAGACAUUAUCGGCCGAAAGUUUGCCUUCAACACCUCUCUGCUGCUGUCCGGAGUCUUUGCCAUGAUCACCGCCGGAAUGCCCAACCUCGGCGGCUACUGCGCCCUCAUUGUUCUCACUAUCAUGGGAGCUGGAGGCAACCUGAUUCUGGACACUACCGUUUUCCUCGAGUUCCUGCCCUCCUCCAAGCAGUGGAUGUUGACUCUGCUCGCCUUCUGGUGGGGUAUCGGCCAGACGGUCGCCGUUCUCGUCACGUGGCCCCUCAUCAAAAACUAUUCGUGUCCCGACGACGCCCCCGUCUGUCUGAAAAAGGACAACAUGGGCUGGAGAUACUGCUGGAUCACCCUGGGUGGCCUGGUUCUGGUGCUCGCCAUCCUGCGAGUGACCGUCAUUCGACUCGUCGAGACUCCCAAGUUCAAUCUGUGCGAAGGAAACAUUGAGCAGGUCGUUGAGGACCUCCACAAGAUUGCCCGAGACGGCGGCAAGGAAAUCUCCCUGUCUGUGGAGCAGCUCGAGGCCUGUGGAAGACUGGACGAAGACGAGGCCAAGGCCCCUAAGCAGCGAGGCGCCUGGUUCAAGCAGCUGUUUGAGCAUCUGCACCUUCUGUACGCCACCCGAAAGCUCGCCAUCUCCUCUUCUCUGCUCUUCCUUUCCUGGACCAUCAUCGGAAUCUGUUACCCUCUGUACACCGCCUUCCUGCCCUUCUUCCUGGAGUCCCGAGGAGCUGAGCUCGGAGACGGAUCGGUAGACACCACCUACAAGAACCUGGCCAUUGCCAACGCCUGUUCGGUGGCCGGCCCCAUCAUCGCCGCCGCCCUGCUCUUCAUCCCCCCCAUUCCCUACGGAAAGGGCCGAAAGUUCACCGUGGGCCGACGAGGAGCCAUGUGCAUUGGCGCUCUGUUGUCCAUGACCUUCCUGUUUGCAUACACCGCCAUCACCAACAACGCCCAGAACGUGGCCUUUUCGGCCGUCACCAACGUGACCAUCUUCAUCUACUUUGGAACCCUCUUCGCCUUCACUCCUGAGGUCCUUCCUUCUCGAUGUCGAGCCACCGGUAACGGUAUUGCCAUUGCUUGCACCCGAAUCGCAGGCAUCUUUGCGCCUCUGAUUGCCUACUUUGGAGACACCUCUUCUUCGGUGCCCAUCUAUGUUUGUGCUGGUUGUUUUGCCGGUCUUGGACUCAUUUGUUUCUUCUACCCCUUUGAGCCUGCCGAGACUCGAGCCAUGUAA